GUUCCUCGUAGUAACAGCAAGAACCCGUCUCGUCUGGCCUCGCCUCGUCUCGUCUUCCAAUCCCCUCUCUCAUAUCCUCAGGAGAACAACCCAAACAAGAACAAGGUUCCGCUCCUCUUCUUUCUCCAGGAAAGGAAAAACGAGGAAAAGAAACAACAAGGUCACCCAUCAGAAGGAGUUCCCCAAUCCCUGGACAUCAGCAUUGCUGCCCCAUCUACUACACGUCGCCGUGCUUAGCCUUCCAUUUACCCAGGGCUGUUCUUAGGUUGGGCUCGACUGCAUCAACUCUUCUCCCCCCCAUCGGUCCUGCAGGACGACCCAUCGUGUCCCUUCACUCUCCCUCCCAAUCUUACUCUCACUUCCACUCUCCUGUCGCCGCCGUCAGCUUUUGACAGCUCGAGUACCUCGCUGGAGCACCGGACGACGUCUUUGUUUAUUACUUUUUUUUGUUGGUGUUCCACUUUUAGCCUGCCGGCUUGCGGACUUCGUCUCGGUUGUCAUCGAAAGACAUACACACCUACACAUCGCUCUUCAGCUGUGUAUCACUCAAGCCAUGGCGGCCCAAGCCCACAAAUAUACCGACGGAUUCUACAUGCAAUACCUUGAUAGUCUCUGUCAGCGACGUGGAUGGACCGAGCCGACAUACGAAUGCUACCGAGAGCCCUCCGGCUACACCUGCCUAGUUCUGGUCAACGGCCGCGAGUACCAGACCGAUUUGGCCUACCAGACUGAUAAGCUGGCGCGUGAGAACGCCGCCAUGCGCGCCUUCAUGGUGUGCAGGAACUUCAGCGUCAAUGGUGGCAUGCUGGCCCGCAACGGCAUCGUCCAGGGUCUGCCGGCGGACGAAUCGAACCGCAAGCACAGAAAGAGCAGCCGCCACGCCUCGACACCCUCCCACCACCACCACCAUGGGCGCAGAGGCCGAUCUGGGCACCACUCCUCGGGCAGCUCGACUGCAUCCUGCGACUGA